AGCCGUCCGAGCGGGAACAUCCUCGAGUGUCCGAACAUCUCCCGAAGGGAUGUUUUUCGAGAAGCCAAACGAGCGUUCGAUAAAAUAAUUUAAAAAAUAGCUGCGUUAGAGCGUUUCAUCGAGACGGUCGUUCAGAAUUUUGUGGUUUUUCGGCCGAGUGUGAGUGGCGCCUGGGCUCGAAUCGGUGGGGAGAGGAAAGGAUGAUAGAAAUUUUCUGAUUUCCAUUCGCUCCUCCAGAGUUGGAAAGAAAGUUGGUUCCUCGUGUCUCGAAAAGUAAAAACUACAGAGUUCGCUUGAAAAGUGAGGAGCGUGCGCGGCGCCUGAGUAACCGGAGUUGCGAAGAAGCCUCGAGUUUAAAACUUGUGUUUCGUCGAAAGCAUCGAUUUGCGGAUCUCGCGAAUGAGUCGGGAUUCGCCGGCCUCCUUGAGCGAACCGUCAACGCGCGCGCGUUGCCGCCGAUCGAAGUUGUUUUUCUUCGGGUUUAUCGCGAUGAAAAGAAAAUGACGAGACGCACGGUCUCUCUGGGGAAUAACCGCCGGAAUCAUCGACGACAUCCGGCUCCGUUUCUUCGGCAAGACUCGGGGAGCUCUGACGAAUUUUAACGGUUUAAAAAUCCGAGGAUACCGACCCCGAUCGGAGGAGCCUGUUACAGGGGUGGGAACACCCGAACGCGCGACGUCCAAGUUUACCUCAAAUACGUGUAUUUCGUUCGGGCAUUCGCGUACACACGAAUGCAACGUCCCCGUGGUGAAUCGUUGAACGUGCUCCAUUUCCAAUAGACGCGCCUCGAAAACGCUUAAAUUAUUUAUAUCUAUAUAUGUGCUCGCUGCUCGUGCUCGCUGAACGAUAAAGCAAUGCAGCCGAUCGCUUUUCACAUGCAUUUAUAAAUAUACAUAUAUUUAUUCGUUCUUUUCCAUCUGCGAGUCGAUUCUCCGACGAUCGUCGGACAAUAAUUAAUCGCGGAAAGCCUACAUUGAUAUCGGACGGUUGCAUCAACCAGCGGCCGUUUCGUAACGACGCUUACGAAUAAUAAUAAAAAGGAAUAAUGCGAUAAACGAAGAGAGUGCGAGUGGUGGGAUGUAAAAAGUCUUACCGAGUGCAUGUCCAAAGUGUAGAGACUUGAAAUUCUGUUAACUUACGUAUUGUUUCGUCUCGUAUUAUUCCGGAGACAAUUUAAUCGCGGAGAGCGAGCAUUCGGACUCGCGGGAUUCCCGCGGUGAAAGCGCGAAAUGCCACUUCGCGACGGGGCAGCACUAACAACGGUGAACGCUUUCGGGAAUUAAUAAAAGUGAUACUCGUUGGGUGAUCGGUGCUCGGAACUCGGGAGCUCGGAAGCCGAGAUAAUCGUUGAAUCGCGAUUUAUAAAAGCGCGUCGUGAGAAGGAGCUUCCUCGACGACAAUUUCCCCGAGGGAUACGUAAUCGUCGCGAUUUAUAGAUUUUUCUUCUCUUGAUAAUCUGAAAAACGACGCUGUGGUCGUCGCGAAAAAGGAACCCGGUGAAAACAUCACCCACAUGUAGGGCUGAGGCUAUGGGCGAGAAUUCAAUAAUAAACACAUCGGAAUCACGUGUCAAGGUUUGGCUCACGGAAGAAGCGAGUGUCGUUCGCGACUUGUCGCGUGUACCGAAACGAGGGGAGUGUGAUCGCGCCAGUAUCGCGGUCGGCGUCGAUCAUCCCGACAUCGAUGUAGAUCCAGCCCCGAGAUUAACCGGCUCAGGAUAUCGAGGGGAGUGCGCGGGGAGGAAAGUGGACGAGGACGAUUCGGGGAGGGAGUUUAUCGCGAGUUGCGAGAGGAUCCUCACCCUCGAGGGCAAAGCGGCCCGUGAGGGAGCCGAGGCGAGAGAUCGAGCCGUAGAAGCGUCGCCGGGAAGACACUCGAAAGAGGAACAAAGCCGCGGCGAAAGAGCUCUGGAAAGAGUAGCUGAAGAGGAAGAAAAGGGAGGGGAAAACUCGAGGAAAAAUCGUGCGCUUGCGUCACGUACGCGAGGGCUUCUCUCGUCAGCAGGCUCGUCGUGCGCCAGACUAAUCCAACGGAUCAUCGUGCUCCUCCUCUCCCUCCUCGGCGCGCCUUUAUCGCCCUCGCCUCAGCAAUAUUCCGGCCCAGCCUCGAGAGGACCGGCACUUUACACCGGCAGCUUUUUCGCCCUCGUUAGUCUCCUCGUGCUUCUGCAUCCUAGCAUGGCGAUUCCGACGCUCGGGAACGACAGUGGCGCCUCUGGCGGUGCUGGUUCAUCGUCCGCGACGAAUCUUACGUUCGGGGAGAGAAACGCGAGCCUCCCGAGGACCAUAAACCGCGGUAGGACCAAUCCCGUUGUCAUUGACGAGCAUCAUCAUCGUCGCGAGGAAAAACGAGGCGAGGAGCCGAGAGACGGCGGAGCUGCGGGUUUCGAGAGCGGCGCGAGCGCUGCCAAACCACGAGGACCUCGGCGCAGCCUCGAGCACGCAUCGAGACAAUUCCCCAACGAGGAGGAUGAGGAACAGCGCGAGUUCGACGACGAGGAGGAGGAGGAGGAGGAGGACGCAUUUCCGGCGUCGCUUAUUCCACAUACACGGGAUCCCGGCCAGGAGAUGAGAAGCCGGCUUCCCGAGGCUGAACUCGACACUAUAAGGAGAAGCAUCGUGGAGGGUCUCGGUCUCGAGAGGAUACCCGAUCCUUCAAAGGCGAACGUGAGUCAGACGGAGUACCGGAGAGCCCACGAAGAGUACCUGACGAGGCUUCAGCAUUCCCGAGACAGCGGUGACGGCAGACAGAGAAGACUUCACACGUUUCAUCCAGCAGAAGGUUCUCCAUCGAAAGGGCUGGAUCGAAAGCCUCGGAGCGCGGGGAUCGAGCCCGAAGUUGCAAAGCGAAAGGAGGAAAGCCGCGUCCUGUAUUUUCCAAUAGAAAUACCCGAGGAGGAUUCCUUGAUGGAGCACGCGUCACUGAGGCUGUUGCUGGACGCGAGGGACACGUCGAUCGAGCGCACGAGCCACGCGAUCUCGUUGUACCGUCUAAAAUCUCCCGAUUCCCGUGAAUUCAUAGCUCGGAAAGUAUUGUUCAGAGGUGAGCUAGCGGGCGGACCAAGAUGGGUCGAGUUGGACGCAACGGAAUUGGGGAAUCUCUGGUCCGAGGGUAGUGCGAAUAGGGAUAUUGUCGUCGAAUUGAAAUUCGAGUGUUUGGAGACAGGAAGAGAGUUGGGAGGGAGAGAGAAGCAGCCGCUGAUCGUGAGCCCGGUUCUCAACAUAUUCACAGCGAGUUAUCCCUCGAGGGAGGAUUCCCGCGGUUCCCGUCGAAAGAGGCGAGCGAAUCCGGAGCAUUUGAUGUCGGUCCACAAGGGUCGUCGGACCGAGUGUCGCGGUGAAAACAAAAAGUGUUGUCGUCACGAGAUGACCGUUACUUUCAAGGAUCUCAAGGGCUUCGAGUUCAUCGUCCAGCCGAAGAACUUCGACGCCGGAUACUGCAAGGGCCGUUGCCCACCGCGUUACAAUCCCGCCCAUCAUCACGCUCUUCUCCAGAGCCUCAUUUGGAAAGAGGACCGUAGAAAAGCUCCGCGUCCUUGUUGCGCGCCCAGCAAACUCGACCAACUUGAAAUUUUGUAUUUCGAUGAAAACGAUCCUACCAAACUCAAAAUAUCGAGCUGGAAAAAUAUGAAAGUAUUGGAAUGCGCCUGUUCUUAGGAUUUUAUUUUCCCUCUUUUUUACAUUUCCCUUUUUUCCUUCGAUUUUACUUCGAAUCCCCCACCAAAGAUUCUGCUCCUCCUUCGCUCGUACAUUUUUCUCCCGUUUCAUACUCUCCCCAACGAUACGCUUUCCCCACCGAUUCAUCUUCCUCCACAUUUCACUAUAUAUACGUUUGUAGUUAUCGAUAUAUUUAUACUUGAACAUUUUUUUAACUGACACAUUUUCAUACUUUAAGACGAUUCUUUCUCUUCCUCUCUUGCGUAUUUUUAUUAAUUUUUCUUUCUUGUCUCUCUCUCUCUCUCUCUUUUUCUCUCUUUCUCUCGUGACUGUGAUAUUAAAAUACGUAAAUUUCACUCACUCGUGUCUGUUUCCCACGAUUAUUAUCAUUAAUAUUAUCUUCCUUAUUAUUAUUAUUAUUAUUAUUAUUAUUGUUAUAAUUAUUAUUAAUUUUCAAUUAUCAUGUUGUAUAAUUUCCUGAUUUUCCUUCCGAUCUUGAAGUUUGUUCAUCUUCGAUUUUCUCAAGAAGUGAAACAGAGAACUGUUUAUUUGAAUGAUUUAUAAUAUUUCGUAUGAAAAUGCUGUACGUUGAAAUCGAAAUAAUGAGCGUGCGUUGGGACGAUGCAAACGAAUCGAUAUUUUUUUUCUCGGAGCUCCAACGAAAAUCGUUAGUACAUAAAAAAACAAGUAAUUUAUCCAAAAUUUCAGAUUUUUGAACAAUUUUUUAGACAGUGCUCAAACCACUCUUCGAUAUUUUCCUAUUUUUCUCAAAAAUCGGGAAGCAAACUUUUUUUUUGCUAUCGUAACAGAAAGUGUUGGCGCUCCAUGGAAUUAUAAAGCUAGUAAAAUUUUGACACUUUCGAAAUAGUCUGAAGGCUCGUAAUUUAUUUCUUUUUUUCUGUAUAUAUUUUGCUAUACAUUGUAAAAUUAAAAAACGUGUCGCUACAAAUGACAAUUUUUGGCCUCCUUCCAAAAAAAGAGGUGAAAGUACUUUUUUUUUAAUUUAUGAUUUCACGGAGCACUAACACCUUCUGCUGAGGGGAAAAAAAAUGUUUGCUCCGUGAAUUGUUGAGAAAAAACAAAAAAAUAUCGAAAAGUGACUUGAGUAUUAUGUAAAAAUUUUUUUUAUCUCAAAUUUUGGGGAAAUUACUUUUUUUAUGUAGAAACGAUUUAUGUUGAAGCUCCGAGAAAAAAAAAUAUCGAACUUUUUAAAGCUGUUUCUCAAAUGAAGUGAAGAAGAAAUGUUGUCAAUUAGCAAGUUUUUUGAGUGUGGACUGUUUGCAUAUGGUAUGUGAAAUUUGCACGGAAGCGAUUCCGUGCAUUGUUCCCAUUGAACAUUGAUGUCGUACAAAUUUUAAAUGGAAGAUAAAGGUUCAAAGUAAAAUUAUAAACAGUUGGUGAACUGAUGAAGCGUGGAAAAAAAUCACGAAACAAUUGUCUCCAUUCGACGUAAGACUCAUCACGAAUAUAUUGUAAUAAUAAAAGGUCAACGCGUCAUUUCGUUAGUUUUAUCGUAUUUAUUACCAUUUUAUUCGUAAUUAUUGUAUAAAAGAGGAAAAAAGCGUACGCUAUAGUUGAAAAAAAAGGGUUUGUUUAUAUUGGCAAAAGAUCGAAGGAUCACAUAUCUUGCCUUAAGAGCAUGGGUCAGUCCACACCGUUUGUCCGAUUGAAAUAACAAAAAUAUCAGUCCAUUUUUGCCAUCGCCCUGCGUAGGCUGACCGAGCCUUUUUUCAAUCGGUCAAACUGUGUCAAAGAAUUUCGAUUUCGAAAAUUCAAAGUGAGGUUAGGUGACUGAUCCGUGCUCUUAACAUACCAUCGUAUCGUAGUUGUGGUUGUAUCGACGAUCCUAAAAAUCGACGUGAAUAAAUAAAUCUGUAAAUGCAUAUAACCAUUUAAGUAACUUGUUGUACGUAUUGAAAAAAUUGUCAGUCUUUAACCAAGUACUCCGAUUCCCACGAUGUGUCGUGUAUAUUUAACUCAAAUGUGUAGAUGUAUACUCAGAGCAAGAGAGCAAAAUUGAACGCUGAGGCGAAAAGAGAGCCGCGGAGAAACAGCGGUGUUUGUCUGAACGAGCUGAUUCUCUAAUACUCUAAUUUCACUGUUACCAACCGAAAAUUGACAGCACGUCAAAUCGGGCCAACUUUGUUGAGUUGAAAUUAUGGCGGAAUAAUGCUCCUUACUCUCCUCAUUUCGAGGUUUUUCCAAAAACUUUGCGCUCCAUUUCGCCCCGAACUCCUCUCCAUACAUAUAAUUCUCUCGACGGAUGCACUUAUGAUUCUUGACACAUUUAUUAAUUUAUUAUCGUUGUAAGGGCCGGAGUCCGCACCGCGAACGCACUCGCACGCACUAAUCGCUCUAAAUCAUCGUGUGCUCUCUCGAUUAAUACAUUUCUUAUUAUGUAUUAUAAACUGUACACAUUAAUUUCUAUAUAUAUACAUAUACACAUAAAAAGAAAACUACCACGAACCACGACUGAUGCGACAUUGCCGAUUGACCUGUAUUUUUGUAGUUCCUGCAUCGUUGUGCUUUAUAAAUAAAGAAAAAAACAGAUUAUGGAUAUAA